AUGAGCCGGGCUGUGAGCUGGGACAUGGACGGGCUGCGAGCGGACGGCGGCGCCGCCAGCGGGGGCGCCCCCUCCUCCGCGGCCGCCACUGCGGGGCAGUGCCGGGGCUUCCUCCCUUCGCCGGUGUUCGGCACACACUCUGGUCGGGCGGCCGCGGCGGCUGCGGCGGCGGCCGCCGCAGCAGCGGCAGCUUCGGGCUUCUCCUAUCCCGGGGCUGCAGAACGCUCCGGCUCAUCCUCUUCCUCCUCGUCGUCCGCAGUGGCGGCGGCGGCGGCGGCGGCUGCUGCAGCGCGUCCCGAAGCACCCCCUACCAAGGAUUGUCCCGGCUCCACUCCAACUCCGACUCCAGCUGCAGCGCCCCCGGCCGCCCCGGCACUGGGCUACGGCUAUCAUUUUGGCAAUGGAUACUACAGCUGCCGCAUGUCCCACGGCGUGGGGAUCCAACAGAAUGCACUCAAGUCCUCCCCCCACGCCUCUCUGGGGGGCUUUCCAGUGGAAAAAUACAUGGACGUCUCCAGCCUGGCCAGCACCAGUGUCCCGGCCAACGAGGUCCCCUCCCGGGCUAAGGAAGUGUCCUUUUACCAGGGCUACACCAACCCUUACCAGCACGUCCCCGGGUAUAUAGACAUGGUCUCCACCUUUGGCUCAGGGGAACCGAGACACGAAACGUACAUAUCCAUGGAGGGUUACCAGUCCUGGACUCUGGCGAAUGGCUGGAACAGUCAGGUUUACUGUGCUAAAGACCAGUCCCAGAGCUCACAUUUUUGGAAAUCUUCCUUUCCAGGGGAUGUAGCUCUAAACCAGCCUGAUAUGUGUGUCUACAGACGUGGAAGGAAGAAACGAGUUCCAUAUACCAAACUGCAGCUGAAAGAACUGGAGAACGAAUACGCCAUUAACAAGUUCAUUAACAAGGACAAGAGGAGAAGGAUAUCCGCAGCCACAAACCUGUCUGAGAGACAAGUGACCAUUUGGUUUCAGAACAGAAGAGUGAAGGACAAGAAAAUAGUCUCCAAACUCAAAGACAAUGUCUCCUGA